AUGUCGUCGUCCACAACUGGCGGUGUUGCUCUCAACCCUGAAGUCAAGUCCAAGAAGGACAAGAACCUCAAGCGCAAGCAAGACAAGUCAACCAAGCUUGAGCAGCGCAAGAAGAAGCGUUCCGCCAAGGCAGAGAAGCGAGCCGUCAAGGCUGCCGGUGCCGUCAGCGCUGAGCCCAAGGAGGUCGUUGGUGGCAAGCCCCGAAAGUCAAAGACCGUGGCCAAGAAAACCGUCAAUGCUUCCAAGCGCAAGGAAAAGCUAAAGGUUCGUGCCGAAAAGCUUCAGGAAAAGGCAAACUUGUUGUUGGCCGAGGCCAAGAAGGCUGCUGCCCAGUAUCAAGCACUUCUUGAUGCAGAGAAAACCGCCAACGAGUCCAAGUCCGAGCAGGACGACGAUACCUCUUCUGAUUCCGAGACUUCAGAUUCUAGUUCCGAUAGCUCAUCUGAGGACGAGGGAGGUGCUCCCGUGGCCAAGCAGCCAACCGAAGUUCCUAAAAACAUCCCAGCCGACGAGAUCGUGAUGAAGCACCGCCGACUGAGCAAUGCCACUUCCGAACGAAGCCAUGUUUCCGCCGCCGAUAUCUCUCCCGAGGUAGAAGAGGAGCCGAAGGAAUCCAAGAAGGACAAGAAGAGCAAGAAGGGAAAGAAAGUAAGACUCGUCGAGCCUGAGAAGGAAGAAGAAGAGGCUGUCGAAUCUGAGGCUGUCGAAUCUGAGGCUGAGGUUGAGGAGCCCCAGCCCAAGGCAUCUGACAAGAAGGCCAAGAAGGCCGAAAAGAAGAGGAAGCGAGCUGAGGGCAAGGACAAGAAGGAAAAGGAGCCCGAGUCUGCAGCUCAGGCUGAACAAUGGCAAGUCGAUGAUCUUGAGGGAGGCUCUGCUCGACAGGCCAAGUUCCUCCGACUUUUGGGUGGAAAGAAGGCUGGUGCUAGCGUCGCCGCCUCCCACAACACCAAGGGCGCAUCUAACUCUACCAAGGCCGAGGCCGACAUCCAGAAGCAGUUCGAGGCUGGUAUGAAGAUGAAGAACGAUGGCGGCAGCAAGCGUCGUGGUCUUGGUGCAUAG